GGCCCCAUGUCUGGUGUACCGACGCAGAUCAAAGACAUCCCAGACGGUUUUGGUCCUUGGAUAGCAUCUUCUCGACGCAAGGGGGUUUCACUACCGAACUGCCAUCCGAAGGCCGUGUUAGGGGAGGUGCUCCUCAUCAGAGGUCUCGGUAAUCGCGAGCCAAGCGAGACCUUAACGCGUUGAGACGUUCGGUUAUAAGGAACGAGAUCCGAAGAGAACACAAGACAUAAUCAUGACCCCCCACUUCUUCAACGUGGUAGCACUCUUUGCGCUACUUCCCCUGGCGAUUGCCCACCCCGGGGGCUCACAAGGCGGCAGCAGGCUCUUCUCCAGACAGUCCGCGAGCGGCGGCAAUGCAGUCGGCGGGAGCGGGGGUAGCGGCGGAAGCGGAGGAAACUCAUUUGGAGCGAACGGAGGAGUGGCCGUCAUUGGCAGGUCAGCGAACGGAAGCAACGGAGGUCCCAACGGUCAGCUGGACGCGAAUGGUGCGGCCGUGCAGGGGACUCUGGGGACCGCCACGGGCACAGGCGUGUCGCAGAUCGUCGUCCAAGUCAACGCGAACGGAACUCUGACUUUUGAUCCAUCGGACAUUCAAGUGAGCAACAGCAGCGUAAUCGGCUUUGCCUUCUCGCAAAAUGUCUCGGCCUCGGUCACGGAGUCUAGUUUCGAUAAUCCCUGUUCGCCACUUGCCGGUGGCUUUGACUCAGGCCUGACGGCAAACGGGACAUCGUUCUCUGUCUUUGUCAAGAACAUGAACAUUCCGGUGUACUUCUUCUCGAAGGCAUCUGGUGACUGUGGGGCCGGAAUGGUUGGAUCCAUCAAUGCACCAACGAGUGGCAACCAGACUAACGCUGCGUUCGUGGCUGCUGCGAAAGCCAUUGGCAGCAACGAGCAACCGGUCCCGGACAGCGGCCCCCAGACUGGUGGUAAUGGAGGGGCCUUCGCCUUUGCUGGGCCUACGGCAGGCACUCCCACGCCAUCUAGCAUUUUCGUGAGUGCCACCUCUAACGGAACCCAAAGUACCGCGUCUGCAAAAUCAACCGCAUCUUGUCCGGCGCCCCGCAAGAACGAUGCCACACGCAACUCCUCUUACAUCAUGUUGGCACUUGCAUUCCUCGUUCCGCUGUUGCCAUUCGCUCUCUCCGCCUGCUAGAAUACUGCGAAGCUGUGUAAUCGGGGUUUGCAGGUCUUACGCCCGAGCAUGAUGGGAUUUAUGACAUGUUACGCGAGUAGUGUGUAGGAUACUACACGAUGAUAAAUUAUUUGUGCUGUGUCGCGGUCAUGGUCGCUGCGCUGACGUAAUAAGCGCUUUCAAUGCGCGUCUAUUUCAGAGCGUGGCGUUGGCAGCUUUCCCACGCCUGUUUAGAC